CUUUGUGGGAUGGAGUACAUGGGUCACGAGACGCCGAGAGUUUGCAUAUAAAAUGUAUUCAUUGAAAGUAACCACUUCAUUCUACAGUCUGAAGUUUUGAUCGUCUUUUCGAGGAUUUGACAAAUUCAAGGUUGAAAUGAUGAGGAUUGUGUACCUGACGCUGCUGCUGCUGGGCGUGGUGAUAGCGUCGUAUACGGAGGACUCAGGAGCGAACAUGCUGGCCAAGAUCUAUCAGCGGCAGGAGAAGAUGCUGAAGCAGGUGGAUAUCCUGCAAAAAACAGUGUCAAAGGUAUCGAAAGUCAACGCGAAGGUGAGUGAGGCGAAGAAGCGGAAGAGGCACGAAGGACGGAGGCACGAAGGACGGAGGAGUGAGAAAAAGAUGGAAUCACACGACUACGACUAUCCCGAUAUGUUUCAACAUAGACAGAGAAGAAAAGGCAGCGACACCGCAUCCAGUGGCCCUCCCCAGCGAGCCUUCAGGAUAUCUUUCGGAUAGGGACCGUGACGUCUCCCCGACUGGCGCGCGACCUGUCUGUGAAAUUAUGACCAGAGUGAAAAUACAGAUGCCAAUGACAGCACUUAAUUUCUCAAAAUAAAGAUCUGUUCGCAAAUA